AUGGCCAAAUCAAAGAAAGCAGACUCAAAACCCCAAUCAACAACAACAACCCAACCACCAAACUGGCCACCCCUCCGCCCCCUCCUUCCACCCCAAGACCUCACCUUGACACCCCUUCUUCCCUCCCAGAUCUACCUAAUCCGCAAUUUUCUCCCCAGCACCCUAUGCAAGACCUAUGCUCAAUUUUUAGCAUCGCUCCCACUCACCACAACACCCGGCAAGCCGAAAAAGGGCGACGCCGUACGCGUCAAUGACCGGUUCCAGGUCCAAGAUGCGCGGUUUGCGGAGAUGCUGUGGAGUGGGACUGCAUUGAAAGAGCUUGUUACAGAGCGCUUUGUAGAAGAUGGUUAUGGGGAAGAUGAUGGUAGCAAUAAUGACAAUAAGACUGUGGAUCUUAUGGCGAAAAUGAAGAACGCUUGGGGUGGGGUGCCGUUAGGGGCUUAA